GACUUGGCAUUUUAAAUUUUUCUGUCCACUCAUCCAAAGAUCUAGCACACGGUCGAGGCUCAGUAGUGUUUUUUACUCUGAGCUAAUAUGCGGUUCGAUAUUUGUAGCGUGGCGUUUUUAUUGCUGGCUUUUAUAGGAAAAGUAAAUGUUACGCCUAUUGUUGGUGGCCAAGUAAUUCAUAGUUCUGAAAAUGCAAGACCCCAAUAUCCUUACAUGGUCUCCUUGCAAGAAUUACAAGAACCUAUCAGUGCACAGAAUCUACAACUGUUUCAACAUUUCUGUGGUGGCAUUCUGGUAAAUGAGUACUGGAUCUUGACAGCAGCACAUUGCCUAUGGCGCAAGGACCUGUCACGCAUAUCAGCCGUUAUCGGGCAUGAAAACCUCUCGAGCCCCGAACAGAAUAAUAGUCGCCAUGCCGUGGAACGUGCUGAAUUUAUAUACUAUCAACCCAGUACAAAUAUUCAAAAUGAUAUUGCAUUGCUGCGCUUGCAGAAACCACAUGAUUCGAAAUUUGGCUAUGGACAACUGCCUCUACCUGACAUGAAAAAUCUUAGUGGCUCUUCCUGUCAGAUUAUAGGUUAUGGCGCAACUCAAUAUGCUGGUAUAUUACAAACCAAUCUGAUUGAAGGCCAAGUCAAUAUAAUCACAAAGCAAGAAUGCAGUGAGAUUUUGGGCAGGAUUUUAGCACCACCAUACGAUGAAACGACAAUAUGUGCACUGGGGAAAAAUCAAGACACUUGUCAGGGAGACAGCGGCGGCCCUUUGAUUUGUACAUUUAAGGGCAUUCCUUACAUUUGUGGCAUUGUGUCUCAUGGACUUACAUGUGGCAUAACAGGCAUACCGAGCAUCUAUACAGCUACAGUACCGUAUCUGGAAUGGAUAAGUCUAGUUAUCAAUGAGACAAAUGAAAAGACAUCUAACAUAAAUUCCUUAAGAAAAUAAAAUAACGCGAAUGCUUUAAAAAAGGAAGCCAAGGACGUUAUUUUGAGAGUUAUCGAAAGCGAUAACAAUUCAAAUGCAUAUCCGCUUGUUAUCGUCUAAGUGGUCUUUCAAAAGUUCGUUAUGAAAUUCAAUCACUCAUACACUAAUAUCGCGCGUUUGUUGGAAGAUCGAGAAAACCGGCUUUAAAGUUUUCGAUUUACUAUUUCUUCUUAAGUAAAAAUAAAUACUUUACUUUUGGUGAGAUAAUGUU